AUGCCUAUCCUUCCCGUUCUCUCUUCGGGCUCACGCGUCUUGACGGGAGGGAGUGAUGCUGGUGCAGGCUGGACGCGCCUCCCUCCGAUGUUCAGGCGGAUGCUGCGAUUUCAACAUAUGGACUUCGAGCUAGCGCUAUGGCAGUUGACGUAUCUGUGCAUAGCUCCAAGGAAGGUAUACAAGCAAGUAUACUACCAUAAACAGACCCACAAUACCUGGGCACGCAACGACCCAGCAAUGCUCAUCCUUAUCUCAGCAUCUCUGGCAUGUGGGUGCAUCACUUGGUCGGUUGUGUAUUCCCUGGGUCCAGUAGGGGGCAUACGGCUUGCAUUGGUCAUGGUCUUCAGGGACUUCAUCCUCACGGGCCUGAUUGUCUGUAGCCUCUUGUGGCGCACAGCACCAGGAACGGUACAAACCGAUCCUGGCAACGUGGAGUGGGCGUACGCCUUUGAUGUCCAUUGCAACGGCUUCGUCCCACUAUUCUUUCUUCUCUACGUGAUCCAGCUUAUCUUGGUUCCUGUGAUCACACAAGAUAAAUGGAUAUGCCUCUUGUUGGGCAACCUGCUGUACCUCAUAGCCUUUACUCAGUACUUCUAUAUCACCUAUCUCGGGUAUAAUGCCCUUCCUUUCCUUAUCCGGACAGAAGUCAUCCUGUUGCCCCUUAUACCCAUCCUUACGGGUUUUGUUGCUUCACUUCUCGGUUAUAACAUCGCGCGGAAAGCAUUAACGUUGUAUUUCGGUGCAUAA